CACUGGUGUUGUUCCAGCAAGGGAGGCGUGGCUCAGUGGGCCCGACCCGGCUGAUCCCUCGGCGCGCUGCACUGUUCAGCUGCAGCGCAGGAUGGAGGAGCCGCAGACGAGGAGGGACGGAGAAGUGGGAAACGCUGCAGGCAGCAAAGAGAAUGACCAGAGCUGGAUUCCAAAUGUCUUCAAGAAGCGAGUGUGCACUACUUUUGUUGAAGACUCCAUCAGUAAUGGGGCGCUGUGCCAGUGUGGAGGCGAGCGGGAGGCGCAUGAUUCUGUGGCAACAGGGGACUACUUUGGAGAAGCUAUUGUCACUCAGUGGGACAGCAGGCAGCACUCUUCAGAGUGUCCCACCGACGCCUACGGGGAACUGGAGUUUGCCGGCGCUGCCCGAAAACACAGUCACUUUCUGCGGCUGUCAUGUGACACAUCUCCUCAGACCGUCUACACCCUGAUGACGGCUCGUUGGGGCCUGCCCUUACCCAACCUGGUGGUGUCGGUGGUGGGGGGUGAAGGCAACGAGAAGGUCAAAACUUGGGUGAGAGAUGUCCUGAGAAACGGGCUGGUUAGGGCUGCACAGAGCACAGGGGCCUGGAUCCUGACGGGGGGGUUGAGGGAAGGAUUAGGCCGAUGUGUGGGGGAGGCGGUGAGGGACCAUGGGGCCGCGGCUCCAGCUGUAUCCAAUAAAGUGAUUGCUGUAGGGCUGGCACCCUGGGGCCUGGUGCACAACAGGAAGAAGCUUGUCAAUGCCCAGGGCAGUUUCCCUGCUCGAUACUACGUCCAGAACACAUCCCGUGAUUCCUACUGCUUGGACAACAACUGCCAGGCUUUCCUUCUGGUGGAUGAUGGUACCAUUGGCCGCCGGGGGGGAGAGACAGUCUUUCGUGGACGUCUGGAGGACUACAUUUCCCAUCAACGCACUGGCAUUUGGGGAAGUGGCAGUAUUGAAAUCCCGGUGCUGUGUAUGCUCAUCUCCGGAGACGCCAACAUGCUUGAGAGAUUGGAUGUCUCUCUGGGGAAAGCUACGCCCUGGCUGGUUCUUGCUGGUUCUGGUUCUGCUGCAGAUUUCAUCAGUGAGCUGCUGGACAAUCUCUCCUCUGUUUCCCUCACAAGCACCUCUCCUCCGGCUGAGGAGGGUGCUGAGGGUCUCAUCGCAUCGCUCCGCGACAUGGUCCGUGACAAGCUUCAGAGAUACUUCCCAGCUGAGAUUGAGCUGGAGAAGCUGGUGGACCGUGCUCUGAGUAUUUAUCAGAAGAGAGAGUUCAUCACUGUUUUCCAUGGAGAACAAGAGGGUUCCGAUGAUUUUGAUAUAGUUCUCCUCAAAGCUCUCGUUAGAGCUAGUAAACGGGUGUCCAGUGAAGCCAAUGAGUGCACUGACGAGCUGAAACUAGCAGUGGCCUGGAACCGAGUGGACAUCGCCAAAACUGAACUCUUUAAUGGCGACAUCCAGUGGAAGUACGAGGACCUUGAGGACUCCAUGACAGACGCACUGAUCAACAACAAGCCCCAGUUUGUCCGUCUCUUCUGCGAGAAUGGACUGAACAUUCUGAACUACCUGACGUACCGCCGCUUGGAAGGCUUGUACCGCUCGCUGUCAGACAGUUCACUGGCAUACGUUCUGCUCCAGAGGCGUCUCAGCGAGAGGCUGGUGCUGACUGGAUCCCAACCCAACCUGCAUGCAGCUGAGACAGCGCCUCUGAAGAGUCGCAAGAGUGCACGAACAGGACCCCCUUCAGCAAGGGAGCUCAACCUGUUUGAGGUUUCCCGCCUGCUGUGGGACCUGUUGGGUGAUGUCUGUCAGCCUUUCUACUACAAAACUUUGGAUUUGAACCCCAGCACCAGCACCAGGAAGGCUCUCAGGCAAGUCAAUAAGAUGCUUCUGGGGGAGUGUAAAUACCGGGACCAGCGCUGCCUCUCACCCUGGGCCGCCCUCUUUAUCUGGGCUGUACUGCAGAACCGCUGCGAAAUGGCUGUUUACUUCUGGGAGAUGGCAGGGGAGUCGGUGCUGAGCGCUCUGGGAGGCUGUAAGAUGCUGAGGGAGCUCUCAAAGCUUGAGAGUGAGACUGAGAGCAAGCUGGCUAUGAAGGAACUGGCACAGAAGUUUGAGGACCUGGCCCAUGACGUAUUUGGUGAGUGUUACCAGAGUAGCGAGAGCCGCUCCUUUACGCUCCUUAUAAGGAAGUCUCCUGUGUGGGGCGGAGCUACCUGCCUUCAGAUGGCCACUGCGGCGGAUGCUCGCAAGUUCUUCAGCCAUGAUGGCGUUCAGUCCCUGUUGUCUCAGAUCUGGUGGGGUGACAUGGAGAGGAGUACCGAAGUCUGGAAACUGCUUCUCACCUUCUUUAUGCCCCCGCUCCUCUACUCAGACCUUAUCAGCUUCAAAGCGCUAGAAGAGGAUGAUAACUCUGUGGAGGUCUACCACGGCAGAGACACUGACAGUCUGGAUGGAAAUGAUGCCACCGUCUACUCCCUCGUACAAACUGAGGAGGAAGCCGAAGAGUUCAGGUCUCUAAAGGAAAACCCAAAAGGUUCUUUGCCAUCCAACUCCAAGAGACCAUUUAUUGUGUCACGCUGGAGACAGUUCUGGUUUAGCCCUGUUACCUCGUUCCUUGGCAACGUGUUGAUGUACUUCCUGUUCCUUUACCUGUUUGCCUAUGUUCUUUUGGUGGACUUUAAGCCCCCGCCCCCUGACGGCCCGUCCACUCUGGAAGUCGUGCUUUACUUUUGGGUUUUCACCUUUGUGUGCGAAGAAAUUCGUCAGACCUUCUUUGUGGGCAGCACCUUUGUGCUCCAGAGGAUGAGGAGCUACAUCGAGGAUGUGUGGAACAAGUGUGACCUCACAGCCAUCACUCUCUUCAUCUUGGCUGUGUGCUGCAGAAUGUUUCCCUGGUCAUACUUGGUUGGCCGAGCCGUCAUGGCCAUAGAUUUUAUGGUCUUCACACUACGUCUGAUCCAUAUCUUUGCCGUCCACAAACAGCUUGGGCCCAAGAUCAUCAUCGUUGGCAAAAUGAUGAAGGAUGUUUUCUUCUUCCUUUUCUUUCUGGCUGUUUGGCUCUUGGCUUAUGGAGUAGCCAAUCAGGCACUCCUCUACGCGUAUGAUCCGCGUCCUGAUUGGAUAUUCCGCAGGGUGUUCUACAGACCAUACCUCCACAUCUUUGGACAAAUACCCAUACAUGAGAUGGAUGCUGAUAAAUUGGUGGAAAUACCCUGUACAAACAACGCCACACUCGUUGAAGCAGGAGCGGAGCCCUGUAUGAGCACUUACGCCAACUGGCUGGUUGUCAUCCUUCUUGCCAUCUACCUACUGUUUACUAACAUAGUAUUGGUCAACCUACUCAUUGCUAUGUUCAGCCACACCUUCUCAAAGGUACAAGAACACAGUGACACCUAUUGGAAGUUUCAGCGUUACAACCUGAUUAAGGAGUACCACUCAAGACCCUGCCUGGCCCCACCCUUCAUCAUCAUUUCACAUCUCCACCUUUUUAUCAAGAGAUGCUUCCGCCAGAUCCCUUCAGUCAAAAGCAAACACUUUGUUCUAGAGUUGCUGGGCAAGAAAGCCAGCUGCCUCGACGCAUGGGAGGCUAUCCAGAAAGAAAACCUCCUCUCAGCUCAGAAUAAGCGGAAAAGAGAAAGCGACACAGUACGAAUUAAAAGUACAUCUGUCAAGGUCGACAGUGUGCUAAAGCAAAUGACAGAGCUACGUGACCAUGACAGAAGAUUGCAGCUUCUGGAGACAAAGCUGGAGUACUGCUGCAGCGCUCUCUCCUGGAUGACAGACGCUCUGUCUCAGAGUCCCCUGAUGAAGGCUGGCCGCCUGCCCUCUGCCCCUCAGAGAUCUGACUCUGUCUGCAAGCAGACUACCUGAACUCUGGGAUCUCACACACACAUAUACACACACAAUGUUUUUUUCGAUGAAUCUUGAAUUUUGUUUUUUAAAGAUUCAUUUAAUUUGAUAUAUUUGUCAACAGUAGUACUGCUGGAAUGCAUUGUUGUCUGCUACAGUCCGACUAGAUUUUUAUAGCUCAAACCUUUUGUUUUGAAAAUUGUAGCUGAAUAUAUAUGUGGGUUAUGUGCUACACUGUACACGGUAGCCAUCCGCAUGGAAUCAAAGCCUGUGUAGGGAUGGCAUCAUUGUUUUGCAAGAGGGACGCUCGGGUGAUGUAGGUUAGAGGUUCCUCCGUCACCAUUUUACGUUCCAGUCUUACACUAAGCCACACAUUCAAGUGAAAAGGUCCUCUAGACCAAACUACGGUGGCCUUGAAGUGCAAAACACAACGACAAAUAGGAAAACACAACGAAAUUGACUUCUUACAGAAAGGGAAGGGCCUUAUAGCAGGAAGCAGUGGACGGACCCUUCUCAUGAUCUGGCGAUGUUUUACGAGUGUCUUAAAAGUGUCCUACUAGUGUUUCACCAUUGUUUUGUUGUUCAAUUAUAUUUAGGUGUUGUAUUUAAAAGUAAAUAAAAGCGCAGGGGGGGGUGGGGGGGUUGCCGCGGACGCUACGCGGGGGUCGGGUGCCGCGAACACUACGGCCGGUGGACGCCGCGGACGCGAUGGCCGACACGGCUCGGGGACCGAGGAAUUGGAUGUGUGGCGGGACUGCGUGACAAGAGACCGAAAUGGGGGACACUUGAGAGCCCUGCAUCCUUUCCUGUUAAAAGACAGACAGUCCGUCUGUCCAAUCAGAAGGGUCCAUCCUCUGCUAUAUGGCCCUACCCUUUCCGUAAGGAGUUCAUUUUGUUGUGUUUUCCUAUUUGUCGUUGUGUUUUGCACUUGAGGGUCACCGUACCAAACAGACCAAGUCAGGUUUUGUUAAAUAAAGGGCUUUACUUGUGUCAUAUGAAACUAGAAAUAUUCCUGUCUUCUACACUGGUUUUCUAGCCUUCUGACCACUCAAAGCUCUUUAACACUUCAUGUCGUUAUUCAGCCGAUCACACACACUGAUGACAGCAGCUACCACACACAGUGACACCUGCCCAUCAGCAACUAACAUUCACACACCUUGGUCACAGCUACGGGAGCAAAGUUUGGUGUCUUCAAGGACAUGCAAACUAGCUGGGGAUCAAACCUCUGAUUGAGGAUUGAUGAUGAAGUGCACUAAUGGCUUCUUACAUUAUGGUUAAUAUUACAUUAUGAGC